AAAGCCCUGGCCUGCACUAUGAACUUUGAUGGCACCCACACAUUUGGGUGCCCAGCUGGCCGUUGUGUGGUUGUUUGGUUCCUUCACGAAUUGCAGAGCCGGCAGAGGGCGACUGUCUCAAGCCAGCUAGCGCUGACAUCAGGAGGAGUGAGAACGGAUUUCAAGCGGCAUUGCAGCUGAGGCUCUUCCUCGUUCCUCAAGAUGUCUGCCAGUGGGGUGGUUGCGCGCUGCCAGACGCAGUACAGCUGCUGCCAUAGGUCUCAACAAAAUGCACAAUUGCGCAUGCAAUCAGGAUGUCAAGCAACACCGGGUGGUGCGCUGCGCUUCCAGAUCUUAGCGACCAAAGUGCCCAAUUGCUGCAGCUUGCUGCAGGCGAGCGAGCGUAAGGCAGGCAAGAAAGUUAGCCAGCAGAGGUGGGGGAACAGAAUGCUGGGGAGUGCCUGGCAAGCAAGGAGUAGAAACAGGGUGGGAAUUGUACAAAUGGGGAUCAAGGCCGUCGAAAAUUUCAACACCGAUUUUGAGCUUGAUUCUGUGUCAGAGGAGCUUCUCCACAGUCUGCUUCGUUCAGAUGUGUUUGCCGGUCAGGUCGCAACUCAACCAGGGGUCCCUCCUGAUUGCCAAUGGGAGUUUUCUGGGAUGCUCUUCCAACCUGUGCCAUGGAGUGUCAACACAAAGUUUGGGAUGCCACAGGAGUACGAGAAGUACUUGCAGGACAAGGAGAAUUACGUCGUCCUGAACGUGCCUCCGAACUACAUGUUUCAAGCAAAGAUCUUUCGCCCCUCACGACUUUGCGCAAUCUUCCAAAGAAAAGACAGCGGCACAAACGCAACAUAGUCGCUUUUCGUCAACGCACACUGCCUGAUUCCGGGAAACCCUGUUGCAUUAUUGUUCGAGUUAGAGCUUGGGAAACUUGAAAGGACUUCUCAAGUAAGUUGGUGUACGAAAACGGAGAGGGCGAGCGUGACCGUGCCUUGAAAGCUUAUUGAUGUGGACGAUAUUGCUGGGCGAAAAGUAUGUUGGACCGUCACUCAGUUCGUGCAUCCGUCAAAUGGUGGCGGUUGUUAUUUCACUCGAACGAGUGCGCAUUAGGAGAUCUGGUCUCUCGUGCCUUGAUUGGUCUGUCUUAAGGUACAUGACAGAUACACGUGUAUGCCACUUAUUAUAUUCGUUUUGAACCGGACUUAAGCCAGAAUUUUCGGCAGGAAGGUUUGACUAGUUUUAUUGUCAACAUUCAAAGCCACGCUCAACUUCCACACAAUGAAGUGGAAGCUUCUCAAUUAAUUCCUACAACACAAUAAACAAAAUCAUACGUAGUUGGCCAAGCUUCAAAUCGAUUUAGGUCCUCGAUAUAGCUGCCAAGUUGUCAGUGUCUUUUUGCGUGCAUAUGAAUGCAUACAUGUUGGGUUCCCAAGUUCCCAUGAUUAUACCCGGCGAUUUCUU